AGAUUGUCCAAGGGGCAUUCUUUAUAGGGUAAAAGAGGAGUAUUCCAAGCGGAUUUGACAACUUUUUUUCUGUCGUGCGUGUUUUUCCGGAGUGAAUGGAUUCAUUUUCCUGCGAGCAUAAAAAUCCCAAUUUUCCUCACGAUUUCUCGCAUUUUCACCCAAUAAACAUAGCAUUGGAAGAUGACGGAGUGACUCGCAGAAUUGUGCUUUUUCGUGCGUGAGUCCCGUGAAAAGUGACCCAAAAGUGUGUGAAAUCACCGCUCAAAGGAGCAAAUUUGUGGAAAAUAGAAUAAGGAACGUGUGAGGCAGACAGAAGAAGAACAAUCGAGAAGUUGAGGUGGAAAAGCGCAAAUAGUGGAAAAAAUAGAGAAAAGUAUUUAGAGAAAAAUUCAAGUGAAGUGAGAGUGAAGGAAAGGGACAAAAAAUGGCUCUUUGGGCGCAAACAGUGAAAUUGCCCGGUGAGGUGAUGAUGACCAUCAAGCAGCACUACAAUGAGGUGAUGCCAAUUGAAAUACGUCACUUCUUAGCGCCAUGGCUGGAGGAACACAUUCUACCUUCAAUGAACAUGCAAAUGGAGUAUGAUCAGCAACACUAUGAGCAGAUUGCAUCGAACUUUUUGAGUGAUUUUAUAUUGGAAUUGGAGACGCGUGCCCCCGAGUUCACGGGAACAAAUGUUACGGUGCAGUUAUGCUUCACAGAGAUGGCAAAGAAGUUGCGUCAACGCUUUCAGCAUGAUCCUGUGCAGCUGUUUAAUCACCUCACGCGCUGCCUCCAGAUGGAAUGGAGCUAUGUGAAUGGGUGUGCGAUGCCAUAUCAAAAUGCAGAGAUUGUGGAGGUGAAUGAGAAGUUGCACACCCUCACGCAAAUUGUGGCUGCCAAUGAGGAAGAGAAUAGGCAGCUAAAGCUCGACUAUGAGCGUUUUUCGCUUGAAUAUCAUGAUCUUAUCAAAACAACAACGUACAUUAAGACAAUUACAAAUCAGCAGGAGUUGGAGCAGAGUAAGCUGCAACUUGGGGAACAGCAGAAGCGCCUAAAUGACUUCCUAAAUGCCAUUCAGAAUCGUCAAUUGACCCUCAUUGGGAAGAUUAAAGAUGUGAUUGAUCAGCUGCAGCAGGCACACGAAUUGAUUAUGGUGAAACAACUGAGACUGUGGAAGGCAAAUCAAGGUUUAGCCGGCAAUGGUGCACCGCUGAAUAACAAUCUCGACACAAUACAGCAAUGGUGCGAAACACUUGCGGACAAUUUGUGGAAUACAAAGACACAAAUUCAGAUUCUCUACAAAACCCGACAAACCAUUAAUGUACCUAUUGAUCCCAACCUUCCGGAUUUGCUGGAGCCAUCGAAGAAGGAGAUUAUCAAUUUGCUCGUGAAACUCGUGACUGCAAGUUUUGUCAUUGAGAAGCAACCACCGCAAGUUAUGAAGACAAAUACAAGAUUCACAGCUACGGUGCGGCUUCUCGUUGGACCAAAACUCAAUAUACAAAUGAACAGCCCCAGUGUGAGAGUCUCCAUUGUGUCAGAAACACAAGCACAGCAUGUCCAACAGUCGAAUCAAUACUCCGAAGCACUCGCAUCGGGUGAGAUUCUCAACAAUAGUGGCACCCUGGAGUACCAGCAGGCAACCAAUCAGGUGUCAGUGAGCUUUCGCAAUAUGCAGCUGAAGAAGAUAAAGCGGGCCGAGAAGAAGGGCACUGAGAGUGUGAUGGAUGAGAAAUUUGCCCUGCUUUUCCAGUCGAAAUUCCAAAUUGGUAGUGGGGAAUUGGUCAUAACGGCAUGGGCACUCUCGCUGCCGGUUGUAGUGAUUGUCCAUGGGAAUCAGGAGCCACAGAGUUGGGCGACAAUAACGUGGGAUAAUGCCUUUGCGGAUCCCACGCGUAUACCAUUUCAGGUGCCGGAUAAAGUACCAUGGCCACGUCUUGCUGAUGCACUAAAUAUGAAAUUCAAAGCAGCCACUGGGAGGUGUUUGACCGAGGCGAAUUUGCAGUUUCUCUGUGAAAAGGCCUUCCGGCAUGGGACACCGAAUACAUUAAAUCAAAAUGAAAUGUACAUUUCGUGGGCUCAAUUCUGCAAGGAGCCACUACCAGACAGAACAUACACGUUUUGGGAGUGGUUUUAUGCUGUUAUGAAACUCACGCGUGAGCAUUUGCGUAACCCAUGGCAGGAUGGCCUCAUAAUUGGGUUCAUUCACAAAAAACAAGCUGAAGAUAUGCUCAUGAAGUGUCCAGUUGGUACUUUUCUCCUGCGAUUCUCUGACAGUGAACUAGGGGGUGUAACCAUUGCAUGGGUGGGCGAUGGAAAUGAUGGACAACUGCAAAUUUUUAUGCUUCAACCAUUUUUGGCAAAGGACUUUGCAAUUCGCUCACUUCCCGACCACAUUGCAGAUUUAACACAACUUUGCACCCUCUACCCUGAUAUAUCAAAGGAAAAAGCUUUCGGAAAGUACUACACAGCCUAUCCGAGUCAAGCAAAUAAUGGAUAUGUGGUACGUCGAUUGGUGACCCAGGUCCCGGGAGUUCCCAUGGGCAGCUACCCGAAUACCCCAAGCCACAGCAUGAGUAUACAGUCACCGGACCACACGAGAGAUACACCCUCAAUUUCAAGCAGCUAUGGCCAACCUGGAAUUUCUCUCGGCAAUGAUAUUGGUAUGAUGCUUGACGACUUCGAGCUCGGAAUAUUUCCCACAAAUUACCAAAAUCAACAAAAUUAGGAUGUCGCGUGUAGGUCGUGCAAAUGGAGCGCAUCUCUUAAUGAAAAAAAAAUCAGUGUUAUCGACAAAAAGAAAUUUUCUUCUAAUGUAAUUAUUUUUCUAUAGAAAGAGAGUAAAACAAAAACUUAAAGUAAGUUAAACUCUAAAAGGAUAAAAUUUCAAGAAAUAAAAUUGCUUGAUCAGCAGAUCACAAGAAAUGAUGCCACAAACUUUUCUUUUUCAAAUUUUCUUCAAACAUGAAAAGAAUUUUGGAAAAGUAAAGAAAAAAUAAUCUAAAGGUGUGGUAAAAUAUUUACAAAAUGAAAUCACGCUUUUUUGUUAUUAAGAUUCAAAAAGCUCUUUCUACUCUUAAAAGAAAAAAAAAAGGAAAAUCUAUUGAUAAAUAUUUUACAUGAAUAAACUUAAAAGUAAAUUUUUAAAGGUGAUACUGAGGUUAUUGUAUUUUAAGUGAAAAAGAAAAACAAAAUAUUUUUAUGUAUAAUACUUAAGAAUUUACCGGAUAUUGAAAAUCAGAUAAGGUAUAUAUAUAUAGCUGUCCUAACUACAUAUAUUGCUGAACUUAAUAUUUCAGAGAAAUUAUUAAAAGAAAACAGAAAAGAAAAAUUUGAAAUGUAUACCAGUCUUUUUCUUAAAUCUAUUUUUGCACUCAAAUUAUUUACCAAAAUAGAAAUGACAAAAAAUAUUAGAGAAAAACUAACUGCGAGAAUUUAAGACCCCGAAAUUUUUUUAGCCCCCACGGAGGGAAUUUUAGGAAGAGAAAAAAUUGAAAAACAAAGUUAUUUUAGAAAGAUAUUGCAAACUAUUUACAAACAUAAAAAAAAUAUUCUGAUAUAUUUACUAAAAAUAGAUAAAAAUUUAAGACAUUUAACCAUUUUUUAGUGAAUUUCGUCCAUUUUUUGAAAACAAUUCAUAUAAGAAAAAUAAUCACAGUUGAAAGAAAAAUAUCAUUUUAAAUUUUAAAAAUCUCCAACGAUUUAGAAAUAGAGAAAACAGCGGAAGAAAAUGAAAUUUUCUCUCAAAGAAAAAUCAGUUGAUGUUGAUCGCUUAAAAGCGAUUUUCUAUUGUGAAAGAAUUUUUGUGAUUACUGGAAUUGACUAAAAUGGCGAGAAAAAUAAUUAAAUAUUUGAUAUCUCAUUGGAAGGAUGAUUAAACCUGCAGAAUAAUAGAUUCUUCUUGAUUAUUUUCUAUCCAUUUUCCUUAUUAUUAUUCAUGAAAAAUGAUUUUAAAAAAAAUCUUUAAAACUGUUACACUUCAAGAUAAAUUCUCUGACAUUUCCUUGAAGUUUUUUAACUUCAAUUCAGACUCAAAAAAAAUUUCAGGAUAUGUACUUCACAAAUUUUAAAUUUAGAGUACAAACAAUUAAAAUUUUUUUGGGGUUUUUUAAUUUUAAAAUUAUAGCCUUAGCUUUUCGUCCAUCUCUAAAAAUUUCUUCUUAAAACGUAUAAUUUUAGGAGCUUUCGGUAUAAAUCUACAGAGAUGAAGCUCAAUCAAUUUGAGCUUUUAUUGAAAAAAUUGAACUUUAACAUUUUUAUCAAUUAUACUUUAAUAUUCGUUCAUAUAAUUUCCAAAUGAAAAUUCGAAAUUAUUGGAGGAUUUUUUUUAAAUAAAGCUUCGUAUAUCUUCUGGUUAAAGGGUUUCUAAGAGAUUUUUUAUUAGUUUAUCUUUUAUAAAUUUUGGGCAUUGAUUUUUGCUCAAUUUUUUCGUUGUUUAUUUAACAAUUAAAAAAAAAAGGAAAAAUUGAAAAUUUCUCGUAAAAUAAAGUAAAAUUUUCAUCAAAUAAUCAACUAAAUUGGUUCAAUUAGCUUUGAAAGUUUUCUAUACAAACUUUUCUAAUUGGCAGGAGAAAUUAUUCUGCAGUGUUUCCAACAAUUUACUGUUAAAGUAUAUAAACUUUUUAAAAGAACUAUAUAUAUAAUCUGAGGGUGUUUAUCGAAAGAAAUUUUAAAUAUAUAUUUACAUGUGAGUGCCUGUGCUUUAAUAUCAAUUAAAUGAAUGAAAAAAAUGUCGAUAUUUGGAGAAAAAAAAACUACUUUAGAGGCGCUAAUGCUAUAUAUAUAUAUAAAAUUGAUGGUUAAAUUGUUUUCUUGAAGAAAAAAGAAAUGUUUAAAUGGAUUUAAAACAGAAAAAUAGAUGAGAAUCCCAACAGUUAUUUAAAAAAAAAGCUACAACUGCAUGUAGAUAAACUUGCUACAGAUGUAUCUGCAUGGUAAAUGUGACAUUGUGACCUCUUUGUCUCCUGAACCAAAAAAAAAAAAAAGAAAACAAAUUGAAGAGAAAUUAUUCAAUUGCUGUAAUGUAAUGCCAUCAGUCUCACCCCCAAAGAAGAAAAGGUCGAAGAACAUUAAUAAAUCGUAAAUGUGGUGUUGAAUUUUUGGUGUGUAUUUUGAAGAUGCAUGCACUGUGGGAAGUUUGUUUGUUGUUAUUUUUGUGUUCUUCGGCUUAAAACUCGACGCAAACACGAUACAAUUUAUUAAGAAAAAAAAAAAAAAAGAAAACAUGUCACAACGAAACCGAAAAGAAAAUCUUUGCUGUUUUAUUUGAAAGAAAAAAAAAGGUAAAAUAAAAUGCUAAAAUUGGAACGAACUCUUCAGAAGUGAGAGAAAAAGUAAAUAUUUGAAAUUAAAGGCCAUUUUAUUCAGUGUCUUUUAACGAGUGCCAUAGAAAUAGGUGACGAUACACAGAAAUGUGAGAAUUUUGUGAGAAAAAAACUCAAUUUUAAUUCUAGAAACCAGAAGAAAUUAAAAAACGAUUAGAAAUUUUCUCAUUGAGUCAGUAAAUGGCGUUGUCUAAUUGUUUUAAAAGAAAUAAUUAAUAAUAAUAAUUACAAGAAAUAUAAAAGAAAAAUAGAUAAAAAUAAACCAUUAUUACUUAAACAAAAUAGUAAAAGAACCCAAGAUAAUAGAGCUGUUGUGAAACAUACAUACUUAAAUAGUUAAAUUUAAUAUUAAAUAAAUAAUCUUCAACUCUAUCACACACAGAAAAAUAUUUAAGAAUUGAAAUUAAAAAAAAAAGAAAAUAUCCAAAAUUACUAAAAAUAAAAACUUACGAAAAAAAAUCUUUGUCAAUUUACAAAAAAAAGAAAACCUUGUAAACAAAUCCGUCGUAAUUAACUUGUGAAGAAAAAUGAAUUAAAAUGCUUAUUUUUUUUAGACAUUUUUCUCUUAACAAUUUGCUAUUCGGUGCUUAAUUAGUGGCAAUUUUAUUUCGUAUAUUUCUUUUUUGCAUUUAAAGUGUUAUUUCAUUUUUUUUUUAAAUAAUAAAAAGAAAAAUAUUGCACAUAGAAUACUUUUUUAUAUAUUAAGUUUAUCUUUACUUUGUGAAUAGUUUUUUUUUGUUAAUGUUUAAAAAGUGCUACAAAUUUCUUCAUAAUUUUAGGUGUUUUACAAAAAAAUUCUUUAAUUUUUAAAAUUUAUUAAAUAAUAUUUAGUUGGUAAAAACUAUACGUUCUUUUAAAAUAAAUCUUCUAUUUUUAGUGUUUUAUAUUUUGUACAAUUUAGCUUUGAGUAAGAAAAUUUCUUGAUAAAACAAUUUAUUUUUGGUUAUUUGAUUAAUUUUUGAAGAAAAAUUUACAAAAAACAUAUUUCGCUGUAACUUGGAGUGCAGAAAAGUAAAUAAAUGUAAAUCAUUGUGAGGUUUAUCAUUGAAAAAAAAAGAAACAAUAGAUUACACUGAAAAGAAAAAAAAAUGUAUUAGAAUAUUUACCUGUAAAGCUGUAAUUUAAAAAUGAGAAAAAUAUACAGAAAAAGAGAUAAA